AUGUCAACAAGUAAUAGUCCUACACCAAGUUUAUCAACUAUAAAUUCACAAUUAACUCAACAACAUUUACUGUUAGCACCUCAUUUUAUUGGAUUAAACAAUAUAAAUGUUAGUGAACCUUCAAAAGUACUUGAAUUUGUACGUAGUCAUGGUGGUCAUACAGUUAUAUCGAAAAUUUUAAUUGCCAAUAAUGGUAUAGCAGCAGUUAAAGAAAUAAGAUCAAUUAGAAAAUGGGCUUAUGAAACUUUUGGAGAUGAAAGAGCAAUACAAUUUACAGUAAUGGCAACUCCAGAAGAUCUAGAGGCAAAUGCUGAAUAUAUUCGUAUGGCAGAUCAAUAUGUUGAAGUACCAGGAGGAACUAAUAAUAAUAACUAUGCAAAUGUUGAUUUAAUUGUUGAUACUGCAGAGAAUACAAAUGUUCAUGCAGUUUGGGCUGGUUGGGGUCAUGCAUCUGAAAAUCCUUUAUUACCAGAAAAAUUAGCUGCUUCACCUAAAAAAAUCAUUUUUAUUGGACCACCAGGAUCUGCUAUGAGAUCUUUAGGUGAUAAAAUUUCUUCAACAAUUGUUGCUCAACAUGCUAAAGUUCCUUGUAUACCUUGGUCAGGCACAGGUGUUGAUGAAGUUCAUGUUGAUUCAAAAACAAAUUUAGUAUCAGUUGAUGAUGAUGUAUAUGCAAAAGGUUGUUGUGCAGAUCCCGAAGAUGGUUUGGAAAAAGCUAAGAAAAUUGGAUUUCCAGUGAUGAUAAAAGCAUCUGAAGGAGGUGGUGGUAAAGGUAUUAGAAAAGUUGAUAAUGAAGAAGAUUUUAAAAGAUUAUAUGAUCAAGCAGCAAAUGAAAUACCCGGUUCGCCUAUAUUUAUUAUGAAAUUAGCAGGUGAUGCAAGACAUUUGGAAGUACAAUUAUUAGCAGAUCAAUAUGGUACAAAUAUUUCAUUAUUUGGUAGAGAUUGUUCAGUUCAAAGAAGACAUCAAAAAAUUAUUGAAGAAGCACCAGUUACAAUUGCUAAAAAGGAAACUUUUACAGAAAUGGAGAAUGCAGCUGUCAGAUUGGGUAAACUUGUUGGUUAUGUUAGUGCUGGUACUGUUGAAUAUCUUUAUUCACAUUCGGAAGACAAGUUUUAUUUUCUUGAAUUGAAUCCAAGAUUACAAGUUGAACAUCCAACAACUGAAAUGGUUACAGGAGUUAAUUUACCUGCAGCUCAAUUACAAAUUGCAAUGGGAAUACCGAUGCAUAGAAUCAGAGAUAUAAGAACACUUUAUGGAGCUGAUCCUCAUUCAGCAUCAGAAAUUGAUUUUGAAUUUACUACUGAUGAUGCUUUGAAAAGUCAAAGAAAACCUACUCCUAAAGGUCAUUGUACAGCUUGUCGUAUUACUUCUGAAGAUCCAGGUGAAGGUUUUAAACCAAGUGGUGGUUCAUUGCAUGAAUUAAAUUUUAGAUCAUCAUCAAAUGUUUGGGGUUAUUUUUCAGUUGGUAAUCAGUCAUCUAUUCAUUCAUUUUCAGAUUCUCAAUUUGGUCAUAUUUUUGCAUUUGGAGAGAAUCGUCAAGCUUCAAGAAAACAUAUGGUUGUAGCAUUGAAGGAAUUAAGUAUUAGAGGAGAUUUUAGAACCACUGUUGAAUAUUUGAUAAAAUUAUUGGAAACCCCAGAUUUUGAAGAUAAUACUAUUACGACAGGUUGGUUAGAUGAAUUAAUAACUAAAAAAUUAACAGCUGAAAGACCUGAUCCAAUUAUUGCUGUUGUAUGUGGUGCUGUUGCUAAAGCUCAUAUUCAAGCUGAAGAAGAAAGAAAAGAAUAUAUUAAUUCAUUAGAAAAAGGUCAAGUUCCACAUAAAAAUUUAUUGAGAACUAUAUUUCCAGUUGAAUUUAUUUAUGAAGGUGAAAGGUAUAAGUUUACUGCUACAAAAUCAUCAGAUGAUAAAUAUACAUUGUUUUUAAAUGGUUCAAGAUGUACAAUCGGUGCUAGAUCAUUAUCUGAUGGUGGUUUGUUGUGUACUUUAGGUGGUAAAUCACAUGCAGUAUAUUGGAAAGAGGAAGCUUCUGCUACUAGAUUAUCAGUUGAUGGGAAAACUUGUUUAUUAGAAAUUGAAAAUGAUCCAACUCAAUUAAGAACUCCUUCACCUGGUAAAUUAGUCAAAUAUUUACUUGAAAGUGGUGAACAUGUUGAUGCUGGUCAACCUUAUGCUGAAGUUGAAGUUAUGAAGAUGUGUAUGCCUUUAAUUGCUCAAGAAAAUGGUAUAGUGCAAUUGAUAAAACAACCUGGUUCAACUGUUAAUGCUGGUGACAUUUUAGCAAUUUUGGCAUUAGAUGACCCAAGUAAAGUAAAGCAUGCUAAACCAUUUGAAGGAACAUUACCAGAAUUAGGGGAACCAAACGUAAGAGGAUCCAAACCAGCUCAUAAGUUUCAUCAUUAUACUUCAAUUUUAAAAAACAUUUUAGCUGGUUAUGAUAAUCAAGUCAUCAUGAAUUCAACUCUUAAAAAAAUUGUUAAUGUUUUAAAAUCAAAAGAACUUCCAUUUUCGGAAUGGCAACAACAAAUCUCAGCAUUACAUUCAAGAAUUCCAUCAAAAUUAGAUGAUUUAUUAGUUGCAUUAAUUGAAAGAACUCAAUCUAGAAAUGCUGAUUUCCCAGCUCGACAAAUUUUGAAACAUAUUAAUAAAUUUGUUGCUGAUCUGCCAUUAUUGGAAGAUGUUGUUGCUCCAUUAGUUACAAUUGCUACAAGAUAUCAAAAUGGUGUUAUUGAACAUGAAUAUGAUUUUUUUGCUUCUUUACUUACUGAAUAUUAUGAUGUUGAAAGUUUAUUUGUUGGUGAUAAUGUUCGUGAAGAUGAUGUUAUUUUAAAGUUAAGAGAUGAAUAUAAAACAGAUUUGAAAAAAGUUAUUGAUAUUUCAUUAUCACAUUCAAGAGUAUCAGCCAAAAAUAAUUUAGUCUUAGCAAUAUUAGAAGAGUAUCUGCCAUUAUUACAAUCGAAUUCAUCAAUUGCACCAUCUAUUAAAGAAGCCCUCAAAAAAUUAGUUCAAUUAGAUUCAAGAGCUUGUGCUAAAGUUGCUUUAAAAGCUCGAGAAAUUUUAAUUCAAUGUUCAUUACCAUCAAUUAAAGAAAGAUCAGAUCAGUUGGAACAUAUCUUACGAUCGGCAGUUUUAGAGACUUCUUAUGGUGAAAUUUAUGCUAAACAUAGAGAACCUAAGUUGGAAAUUAUACAAGAAGUAGUUGAUUCAAAACAUACUGUAUUUGAUGUGUUAUCACAAUUUUUUGUUAAUAAUGAUGAAUGGGUUGCAAUCGCCGCUGCUGAAGUAUACGUAAGACGUUCUUAUCGUGCUUACGAAUUAGGUAAAAUAGAAUAUCAUUUUCAUGAGCGUUUACCAAUCAUUGAAUGGAAAUUUAAACUACCAAAUACAACAAACUCAAGAUUUAAUGCUAUUCAACAAACUACAGAAGAAGAUGCCACUGCUAUGAAACAUGCUGCUUCGGUAUCAGAUUUAUCAUUUAUUGUGGAUGCUAAAACAGAACACCUUGAAAGAACUGGGUUAUUAGUACCAUGUAAACACCUUGAUGACGCUGAUGACAUGUUGAGUGCUGCAUUAGAAAAUUUAAAUCCAAGUGAUGCUAUUGUAUUUGAAACAGGUAAAGAUCAAACUGAAUUGUUAAAUGUUUUAAAUGUUGUCAUUAAUAAUAUAGAUGGUUAUGUAAGUGAAGACGAAUAUUUGGCUAGAGUUUAUGAAAUAUUGGAAGAAUAUCAAGAAGAUUUGAGAAAAGCAGGCAUACGUCGUGUAUCAUUUGUUUUUGCUCAUGACAUUGGUUCAUAUCCUAAAUAUUAUACAUUUACUGGACCAGAUUAUUUGGAAAAUAAAAUCAUUAGACAUAUUGAACCUGCAUUAGCUUUUCAAUUGGAACUAGGAAGAUUAGCAAAUUUUGAUAUUAAACCUAUUUUUACAAAUAAUAGAAAUAUUCAUGUGUAUGAAGCAAUUGGUAAAAAUGCACCAUCUGAUAAAAGGUAUUUUACUAGAGGUAUAAUAAGAACUGGUAUAAUCAAAAAUGAUAUUAGUAUAUCUGAAUAUUUAAUUGCUGAAUCAAAUAGAUUAAUGAGUGAUAUUUUAGAUGCUUUAGAAGUAAUGGAUACAUCAAAUUCAGAUUUAAAUCAUAUUUUCAUCAACUUUUCGAAUGUAUUUAAUGUUCAACCGGCUGAAGUUGAAGCUGCAUUUGGUUCAUUUUUAGAAAGAUUUGGUAGAAGGUUAUGGAGAUUAAGAGUUACUGGUGCAGAAAUAAGAAUAGUAUGUGCUGAUCAGAAUGGAAAUUCAUUCCCAUUACGUGCAAUUAUUAAUAAUGUUUCAGGAUAUGUUGUUAAAUCAGAUUUAUAUAUGGAAGUUAAAAAUACAAAGGGUGAUUGGGUAUUUAAAUCAAUUGGUCAACCAGGUCCAAUGCAUUUGAGAUCAAUAUCAUCAACUUAUCCUGUUAAAGAGUCAUUACAACCAAAAAGAUAUAAAGCUCAUAAUAUGGGUACCACAUAUGUUUAUGAUUUCCCUGAAUUGUUUCGUCAAGCAACUUUGUCUCAAUGGAAAAAACAUGGUAAAAAGGCUCCAAAAGAUGUGUUUUUAUCAGUUGAAUUAAUAUCAGAUGAUAAUGGUGGUUUAACUGCUUUAGAAAGAGAUCCAGGUUUAAACAAAAUAGGUAUGGUUGGAUUUUUAGUUACUGCUAAAACACCUGAAUAUCCAAGAGGUCGUCAAUUUGUUAUUGUUGCUAAUGAUAUUACUCAUAAAAUUGGUUCUUUUGGUCCUGAAGAAGAUAUAUAUUUCAAUAAAUGUACAGAUCUUGCUAGAAGUAAAGGAAUUCCAAGAAUUUAUUUAUCUGCAAAUUCUGGAGCUAGAAUUGGUGUUGCUGAAGAAUUGAUACCUUUAUUUCAAGUUGCUUGGAAUAAUGAAGAAUCACCAGAUAAAGGAUUUAAAUAUUUAUUUUUAACACCAGAAGCUAAACGUGCAAUAGAUGAAGAUGGAAAAGGUGAUACAUUAAUUACAGAAAAGGUUGUUGAAGAAGGACAAGAAAGAUAUAUCAUUAAAUCUAUCGUUGGUGCAGAAGAUGGUUUAGGUGUUGAAUGUUUAAGAGGAUCUGGUUUAAUUGCUGGUGCAACAUCAAGAGCUUAUAAAGAUAUAUUCACUAUCACUUUAGUUACAUGUAGAUCUGUUGGUAUUGGUGCAUAUUUAGUUAGAUUAGGUCAAAGAGCUAUUCAAAUUGAAGGUCAACCAAUUAUUUUAACAGGUGCUCCAGCAAUCAAUAAAUUAUUAGGUAGUGAAGUUUAUUCAUCCAAUUUACAAUUAGGUGGUACACAAAUCAUGUAUAGAAAUGGUGUUUCACAUUUAACUGCAAACGAUGAUUUGGAAGGAGUUGAAAAAAUCAUGGAAUGGUUAUCUUAUGUUCCAAGUAAACGUGGUAUGCCUGUUCCAAUUUUAGAUUCUGAAGAUCCAUGGGACAGAGAAGUUGAAUAUUAUCCACCAAAACAAGAAUCAUUUGAUGUUAGAUGGAUGAUUGAAGGUAAAAAUACAAGUGAUGGAUUUGAGUCAGGUUUAUUCGAUAAAAAUUCAUUUCAAGAAACAUUAUCUGGUUGGGCAAAAGGUGUUGUUGUUGGAAGAGCACGUCUUGGAGGUAUUCCAAUUGGUGUUAUUGGUGUUGAAACUAGAUUGGUUGAGAAUUUAAUACCAGCAGAUCCUGCUAAUCAAGACUCAACUGAAUCUUUGAUUCAAGAAGCAGGUCAAGUAUGGUAUCCUAAUUCAGCUUUUAAAACUGCUCAAGCAAUUAAUGAUUUCAAUAAUGGUGAACAAUUACCUUUGAUGAUUUUGGCUAAUUGGAGGGGAUUUUCAGGUGGUCAAAGAGAUAUGUAUAAUGAAGUUUUAAAAUAUGGGUCUUUUAUUGUUGAUGCAUUAGUUGAUUACAAACAACCUAUUUUUACAUAUAUUCCUCCAAAUGGUGAAUUAAGAGGAGGUUCAUGGGUUGUUGUUGAUCCCACAAUUAAUGAAGAUAUGAUGGAAAUGUAUGCUGAUGUUGAUUCCAGAGGUGGUGUUUUGGAACCCGAAGGAAUGGUUGGAAUUAAAUAUAGACGUGAUAAAUUAUUAGCUACGAUGCAAAGAUUAGAUCCAGUUUAUGCUGAAUUAAAGAAAAAAUUAAGUAGUCAAUCGUUAUCAACUGAAGAACAUUCAAAAGUAAGUGCUAAAUUAAUUUCAAGAGAGAAACAAUUAAUGCCGAUCUAUGCUCAAGUUUCAAUUCAAUUUGCUGAUUUACAUGAUAGAUCAGGACGUAUGUUGGCGAAAGGUGUCAUAAGAAAAGAAAUUAAAUGGUCAGAUGCUAGACGUUUCUUCUUUUGGAGAUUACGUAGAAGAUUAAAUGAAGAAUAUGUUUUAAAAUUAAUUGGUGCUCAAAUCAAAAAUGCAAAUAAAUUAGAAAAAGUUGCUAGAUUGAAGAGUUGGAUGCCAACUGUAAAUUAUGAGGACGAUGAAGCUGUUAGUACAUGGAUUGAAGAACAUCAUUCAAAAAUAUCUAAAAAAUUGGAUGAAUUAACCAAAGAAACUAAUAGAUCAAAUUUGGUUCAAUUAAUGAAAUCAAAUACCGACACUACCAUCAAUGCUAUGAAAGAAUAUAUUGACAGCUUACCAGAGGAUUUGAAACAAAGUUUUAUAAAGUCAUUGUAA